GUUUGGUCAGUUUGAGGCAGCUCUGUGUGAGGGAGAGAGAGCGGGGAAGCAGGAGAACUGUUUCCACCCUCAGUUCUUCACUGAGCCCUCAGGAGGGAGGACGACUGCGUAAUGAGCUGAAAUUAAAAAUUGAAAGAAAAAAAAGGCAAUCAGGGUCUAUUUGAGCGGUCCUGACCCACUGUGGGCAUGUAGACCGCAUUGGACCACUUUUUCAGCCGAGGUCUUUUUUUGAAGUUGCGGUGAUCUGAAAGCCUGCUAUGGAGGACGUCGUGAAUCAAAAUGAGUUGGAGCAUUGACAAUGUCACAAACUUGUGGAAAAAUGGUUCCUCGGAACUCGACUUCGCCAACAGCAGCAGCAGCAGCAGGAACAGCAGCGGCUCUGUGGGGAACGGCACGCAGGUGGACCUCAGCCGAGCCAUCCCGCUCGGUUUGGUGCUGGGGGCUUUCAACGUGUUCGCCAUCGCGGGCAACAUCCUGGUCAUCCUCUCCGUGGUGUGCAACAGGCACCUGCGCACCCCGACCAACUACUUCAUCAUCAACCUGGCCAUCGCUGACCUGCUGCUGGGCACCACGGUGCUGCCGGUGUCCGCCACCCUGGAGAUCCUAGACCGCUGGGUGUUCGGKCGGAUCUUCUGCGACAUCUGGGCAGCGCUGGACGUCCUGUGCUGCACCGCGUCCAUCAUGAGCUUGUGCGUAAUCUCCAUCGACCGCUACAUCGGCGUGAGCCACCCGCUCCAGUACCCGGGGAUCGUGACGGAGAAGCGCGCUCUGCUGGCCAUGCUCGGGGUCUGGGUGCUGUCCGUGGUCAUCUCCAUCGGACCCCUGCUCGGCUGGAAGCAGCCGCCGUCCCCGGACGACUCGGUGUGCCUGAUCACCGAGGAGCCGUUUUACGCGCUCUUCUCCUCCCUCGGCUCCUUCUACAUCCCGCUCGCCGUCAUCCUGGCGAUGUACUGCCGCGUGUACAUCGUGGCCAAACGGACCACCAAGAACCUGGAGGCCGGGGUGAUGCGCGAGAGGAUGAACACCAGCGAGCUGACCCUCAGGAUCCACAAGGGCUCUCAGGUGCAGGAGGACCACCAUUCCGGCAGCUCGGGCGCAGCCAAGGGCCGCGCGCACCAYGCGAGGAGCUCCCUGACUGUGAAACUCCUCAAGUUCUCCCGGGAGAAGAAGGCCGCUAAGACUUUGGGAGUUGUGGUGGGCAUGUUUAUCCUCUGCUGGCUGCCCUUCUUCCUGGCCUUACCCAUAGGCUCUUUUAAUGUGAACCUUCGACCUCCUGAGGUCCUCUUCAAAGUCAUCUUCUGGCUCGGCUACUUCAACAGCUGCCUGAACCCCAUCAUCUACCCCUGCUACAGCCGCGAGUUCAAGCUGGCCUUCAUUCGGAUCCUCCGGUGCCAGUGUCACCAGCAGAAACGUCCCGGCUGGAGGACCUACAACUACCGCUCCUCCACCUUCCGCUCCUCCGGAAACUCGCGCAAAAGCUCCGCCGAUCACACCUCCGGCUGGCUGAACGGAAGCCAGCGCACCCUGCCAUCCUCCGCCAGUCCCAGCCCAAGCUACCUGAGCCAGGGCCUCCCUCCGUGUCCCGAGGGGGAGACGCUGUACAUCUGGGGGGCCACGACCCCGACUCCGUCCACUCCCAACCUGCUGCCGGGCAGCCCGGCCGACUGCCAGCAGGCCGCUCUGAGACGGGAGGUCAGAGAUAGGAAAGUGUCCGAGGAGACGGCUGGAGGCAUUUUCUCCUUUUCUUUUGGGAACAUUAAGGAUAAAGGAGGAAUCAUCAACGACAAGAUCAGCCCCGAAGACAAAGUGUGACUCAGUUCCUUUCCGUCACUCGCAGCAUGGAUGCAGGAUUUACGUUUCUCUGCUACACAGUCCUCCAUCCGUCAGCGGAGUUCAUCAGUGUGAGGUGAAGACUGUCCCACGUGUAUGUUUCACCAACUCUCCGUACCUGAGACAGAAAAAUCUAACAAGUUGAAGACAGUUGAUCAAAAUCACUGAAACGCGAAAACUUUUCUGGAAAAAGUCGACGUCCCUUAUUGUAAAAACAUACAAAAAAAACAACUUGACUCUUGUAAACAAAUUUUAAAAAAAUGUGUGAAAAUACAACUGAUCACUUUUCUGGUGCAGUCACUCAAUAUUUUCAUGGUAUGUUGUGAAAAUAAAGUAUUAUCUGUAUUUUUCUGCUGUGCACACGUUCAUCUGAUAUGUUGUUGGUAUGAAACGUAUAGAAAUGUGAGGAAAUAAUAAUAAUAAUAAUAAUAAUAAAAUGAAAACUUUGCUCAAA